AUGGAGGCUGGAGGAGAGCGCUUUCUUAGACAAAGGCAAGUCCUGUUUUUCUUUGUUUUUCUGGGUGGGUCUCUGGCUGGAUCAGAAUCCAGACACUACUCUGUGACUGAGGAAAAAGAAAGGGGUUAUUUACUGGCCAAUCUAGCAGAGGAUCUCCGAAUGAAUGUAGGAGAACUGACAGGGAGGGGUGCCCAAGUUGUAUGCAAAGGAAGCAGACAGUAUCUUCAGCUCAACCACAAAACCGGUGAUUUGUUCCUGCAUGAGAAAUUGGAUCGGGAAGAGCUAUGUGGCCUCACAGAGCCAUGUACACUGCAUUUUCAGAUAUUACUGCAAAACCCUUUGCAAUUUAUUACGAGUGAGCUCCAGGUCAUGGAUAUAAAUGACCAUUCUCCAGUAUUCUUUGAAAAUGAAAUGCAGCUGAAAAUCCUAGAAAACACCCCAGCAGGAACAGUAAUUCCUUUGGGAAAUGCUGAGGAUUUGGAUGUGGGAAGAAACGGUGUCCAAAAUUACACAAUCUCUCCUAAUGAACAUUUCCAUGUAAUCACACGUAGCCGUAGGGAUGGAAGGAAAUACCCAGAACUAGUGCUGGACAAAGCGCUGGACAGAGAAGAGCAGCCAGCGCUGGAUUUAACGCUAACAGCGCUGGAUGGCGGCUCUCCACAACGCUCUGGCACAGCCCAGAUCCACAUACUGAUCUCAGACAUAAAUGACAAUGCGCCAGAAUUUACACAGUCACUUUAUGAAGUUCAAGUACUGGAGAACAGCCCCAUUAACACUGUUAUUCUCACUGUCUCAGCUUCUGAUUCAGACACAGAACAUUUUGGAACAAUAUCAUAUGCAUUUUCUCAUGCUGCGGAAGAAAUUCGCAACACUUUUCGACUUAAUCCAAUUACUGGUGAUAUCCAACUUGUCAAAUAUUUGAAUUUUGAGGCAAUUAAUACUUAUGAAGUCGACAUUGAAGCCAAGGAUGGUGGAGGGCUCUCGGGAAAAUCAACAGUGAUAGUUCAGGUAAUUGAUGUAAACGAUAAUCCGCCAGAACUGACUUUGUCAUCAAUAACCAGCCCAAUCCCAGAGAACUCACCAGAGACCAUCGUGGCCAUUUUCAGUGUUUCUGAUCUAGACUCUGGAGAGAAUGGAAGAAUAAAAUGUUCCAUAGAGAACGGUCUCCCCUUCUUCCUGAAGCCCUCUGUAGAAAACUUUUAUACCUUAAUGUCAGAAGGAGCACUGGAUCGGGAGAGCCAGGCGGAGUACAACAUCACCAUCACAGUGACAGACAUGGGCAGCCCCAGGCUGCAAACCCAGCACACCAUCACAGUGCUGGUGUCAGACGUGAACGACAACGCCCCCGCCUUCAGCCAGCCCUCCUACACCCUGCUGGUGGGCGAGAACAACAGCCCCGCCCUGCACAUUGGCAGCGUGAGCGCCACCGACCCCGACGAGGGCAGCAAUGCCCAGGUCACCUACUCGCUGCUGCCGCCCCAAGACCCACAGCUGCCGCUCGCCUCGCUGGUGUCCAUCAACGCCGACAACGGGCAGCUGUUCGCGCUGCGCUCGCUGGACUUCGAGGCCGUGCGCGCCUUCGAGUUCGGCGUGGGCGCGUGGGACCGCGGCUCGCCCGCGCUCGGCAGCCAGGCGCGCGUGCGCGUGCUGGUGCUGGACCGCAACGACAACGCGCCCUUCGUGCUGUACCCGCUGCAGAACGCGUCGGCGCCCUGCAGCGAGCUGGUGCCCAGGGCGGCAGAGGCGGGCUACCUGGUGACCAAGGUGGUGGCGGUGGACGGCGACUCGGGCCAGAACGCCUGGCUGUCGUUCCAGCUGCUCAAGGCCACGGAGCCCGGGCUCUUCAGCGUGUGGGCACACAAUGGCGAGGUGCGCACUGCGCGGCCGCUCAGCGAGCGCGACGCGCCCAAGCACAGGCUGCUGGUGCUGGUCAAGGACAAUGGCGAGCCGCCGCUGUCUGCCAGCGUCACGCUGCACGUGCUGCUGGUGGAUGGCUUCUCGCAGCCCUUCCUGCCGCUGCCCGACGCGCCUGCCGACGCGCCUGCGGACGACCGCCUCACCGUCUACCUGGUGGUGGCCUUGGCCUGCGUGUCGUCGCUCUUCCUCUUCUCCGUACUGGCCUUCGUGGCUGUGCGCCUGUGCAGGCGGCCUGGCCCUCCCGCGGGGGGCCCCUACCCGCUGCCCGAAGCGCACUUCCCGGGACACCUGCUGGAUGUCAGUGGCGCUGGGACCCUGUCGCACAGCUACCAGUAUGAGGUGUGUCUGGCGGGGGGCGCUGGCACCAAUGAGUUCAAGUUCCUCAAGCCUAUUCUGCCCACCUUCCUUGCUCAGGAUGAGGAGAGGGUUAAUGAGGCAAACCCCGCUUUCAGGAAUAGCUUUGAAUCUAGUUAGAUGUAUAUUAAUUAAUAAGGCUCUACAGAUCCUAUUCUAGAUAAAUUCAUUUAUCUUAUUUCAGAUGAGUGUAUUUUAAGGAACAUAUUUAACAUUCUAUUUCUAAAUUCUGAACUUAAGUCAUUAAUACAAUUCGCUUACUGAAUAUAAUUAAUGUUCUUCAUAAGACUUUUAAAGUAACUGAGAUCAAUUAAGUUUAUGGAUAAGUAAAUGUGUUUUCUUUAAGAUGUACUGUUUAGAGGCAUAAUCUCAAAUUAAACUAAUCUAAAUUUUUGUUUGA